AAAAGAACUGCGACUUAUAGUCUGAAAAACACGGUAUAUUCCAAUGAUCGCCCAGCCCUAGUGGAAAUCUACAGAUGAUUUCAGAUAUUCACCCUGCACAUUCAUUAUUUGAAGUGUCUUUCACCAAAACCAGCAGAGAAAUACCAAGUCAUACAUUUGACUUUUAUAGGUCCCACAGUACCUUUUUUUGUGUGUGUUAUCCUGACGGAGCGUAAUGGGGAUGAAGCGCUCCGAGGAAGGCAGCAAGGAAGGCAGUGAUGGAGAGCUUGGAGGCAACGAGCAGGCAGGAUGAGUGCUAUGACAGACAGAUGAGAAGAUGAUGGAGUGGCACAGAAAAGAGUGCAGGGAGUAAUGAGAGAAUGUGGACAGAUGCAAGGAGAUCGCAGCCAACUCAUCAUCUGCGGGCCAUUGGUCAGAAACUUGGACAAGUUGCUGAACUACGAAGGGGAUCAUUAACGGAAAGGCAAUGAGCCCUCGGAGCCACACCGGCUAUUGAGGCAUUCCAGCACACGGCCACAUUAUCAUCCACACUUUGGAUGUAAUCUCGCUGACUCCGACUGAUGUCCCUGCAUGACCCCUACCCCUUGGGCUCCUCAGGGGGCUGAGCCACCCUGCCAAAGAGUAUGGGCAGGAGAGUGGCCGACCCGACCAAUCCAGUACCCGCACUGGGAGUUCCCUUAGCGGUGGGGCGAUGGGGCCCGCUGUGCAGUGUCGGGGUGCAGACGUCUCCCGGGCUGCGGACUCUCUCUUCAAUCAAAAGACACGUCAGCCGAGCGGCCAACCCGCAGCGAGCCCUCACCAUGGCAACGGGCGCGACGGAGUCAGGAGGAGUUAUCUCAAGUGACGGCAACAGUCUGCAGCUGUCCAAGGAGACGUCUCAGAACGAAAUCAACAAACUGACGCAGGAUGACAUGGGGUCGCAAGGGUCAGGCAGUGGUGUUUACUGCCAGAUAAAAGCUAUACGGACCAAUCCAAAAGACUCGAGAGGUAAAAGGAUAUCAAGGUACACCAAUGGCAGCGUGGUGGGCUCCGACAUGUUGGGAGGAGUCUGCAGUGAAGCCCCAGAAGUCAAGGAGGAGAGUCAAGAGAAGAGAAGAGUGCAGUCUCUGCGUGGGGAGCGACACCGUUCCGUGGUGAAGACAGGGAAUGUCUGCACGGCCGUCCACGUCACCCCGCCCCGGCCCUGUCGGAUGGCCACCACCUCCUCGCCCCAGCUUUGUGGAACGUGCGGGCGUAGACGCUCGCAGCUCACCCAGUGCACAGGCGCAUGUCGGAGGAGGGCCGCGCCUCAGAUAUCAUCCAGUCAGACUUUACCUCACCCCGUAUGGAAGCAGGGCGUGGCCCAGAACUCCUCAAAAAAGGAGUGUACUUUGGACGCCAAAAAGCAAGAGACGUCAGUGAAGACCAACAGUCGAAUCCCGCAGCUGUCGCACACCAUACCAAAAACGCACAACUCACAGUCCAGCAGUGCAGCGCCUACUCCGAAUAAGAGGAGGCAGCAGCAGAGCAGGCCACACUCAGCAGAGUUUUCACACUGCAAGGACUCGGCCACACAAACGGCAGACACACAGACCGGCAGGACGGUCACACACCCGCAGACUACAGCGGCAACACAACCACUUUCAACAGACAAGCAUGAUCAACUCCAGCACACAAAUUCAAAACCUCCAGACCCUUCCGAUCAUACAAAAUGUAGCAACCCCCCAGCUCUCCCAGCAAAAAACUCCCCUAAGUCGACUUCUUCCAAACCAUCUGGCCUUUUAGCUCAUAGCAACAACACCCAGGAGACGGCAGGCAGUCCCAAACUGAGCUCUUGUAAAGACACCAAACUGAUGAACUACACAAAUCAGAAGAGCAAAUCUUUAGACGAGCACACGUCGCCUUGUAAGACUCACAAGACAGCGCAAUGCAACGGCGCUCCAGCGGGACUACUACUGGGGACUGGGAGCGCCCCUGGUGGCCUGGAAGGCAAGUUACAGAGCGUGGAGGAGAACCUCGUGUCCAAUCAGGAGAAGAUCAAGGUGCUCCUUAAUGUCAUUCAAGACCUGGAGAAGAGCAAGGCCUUCAGCGAAGGCCGCAGCUCGUACAGAACCGGCCAGGACAUUAACAACUGCCCCACCUGCCAAAAGACGGCCUGCAUCAUCUACAGUGUGGAGCAUGACUUCCGUCUGCAGGAAGGACGCUUACAGGGGGUGAUGGAGUCCCUGGAAGGAGAGUACGACGUGCCUGCGCCCGUUCCGACCAAACCCGUAGCCGCCGCCUGCCAAGCCGGCCGUCCGAGCACCAAGGCCCGUGUCAAGAAGCUCCGCAAGAAGUGUUUCUGGUGGCUCUGAUAGUAACGCAGCAGCCUCUGAGCGACAUCAGUGAAGGGAUUUUACUGCGGCACUGUGGUUUGGGACAUGAGUGCUGUCCACAAUAGCUGCUGAACUUCCAAUAUACAGCAGAUGUAUUCAUUGCCAACGUGUGGUCUGAGUGAGAGGCCGAUACAUGGUAUGUAGCAAACAGAUGGAGCAUCAACACACGGGACUAUUUGUCACCUGGCUGAGUGGCUAUCUCGGAAGAUACAUAAAACAAGGAUUUAUGGCUGAAUGGAUGAAUGACUAUCGAUGGAAAUGAAUGACAAGGUGUCAGUUUUGCAGCAGGAAACAUGGGCGUGCUCCCAAGUGCUUGUUGGUACUGUGUGUGUUUCUUAAGUUGAAUAAGGCACACAGCAGGGAUGCCGUGUGGAAUACAUGUAGAAGAACUCUCAGGAAUAAAGAGGCAGCCCGGCGAAUGGAAGGUGCAAAGUGUUUGAGAUUGUAUUCGGGAAUAUAUUAAGAGACAACGUGAUGGAGCAGCUGAUGGCAGACUGACAGGCUGUCUCACAUUAUUAACAUUUGUGUCACUGCUGACCUCCUGACUGAUUGAUUCUGCACUGCACACAUCCACAGUGGGAGCCCCAGAGGCCGACACUUUCUACAAGUCUUCUC